CCAUUAAAAUUUUGAUGAAGCGACCGAGUCGACCUAGUGCGUCAGAACGGGAAGCUCUCCAUUAGUCAACAAAGUCUGAAUAGUUUGAAAAAUAAAUUAAAUUUAUGGUGUUUUGAGUGCUGAGCAGCAUUAAUUUGCUAGACAGGAGAACGUAGAUUAAAGUGCAUUGAAAUGUGGUGUUACUAAAGAAGAACAUUGUGCGUAAUAAACGGUUCCAGCCAGCUUCCGGUCGUUUGCGUGAAACUGUGGGAGCUGGUGGAGUAAUUUGACCUAGUACCUAGUGUGUAUUGAAUCCUAUAUUAACCGAUUUGGUCCAAUUUGUUCAGCUGAUUUGGAAUCAAGACAUAGCAGAUCUCGUUUCGCGUAAAUAAAUCUUAUUUCUUCACCGCAUUACAUAAACCAAAGGAAACCAGUUACUAAUCAUCACCAGUGACCAAAAAACAACGUCGAAUUUAGUUAGACGCUCUGUAACCGAUAUAUCAAUUAUCGCCACACAACAUACAGUCAUAAAUUAAGUACAAAAUACUCAACAAAGCUCUCGCCCGCGCAACGCAUCCUCCCCCUCGAUCUGUAGACCGCUGUUGACAAUAUUCUUUCGUAAACGAACCGUAACCCAUCACUAGACUGCAUCAACAGCGUGGACUGGUGAAAAGAGAUGACAUCAAUGGUCAUUACACCGAUGGCUGAUAAAAGCAAACAAACGUAGAACAAAACCGUGAAAACUGAUUUUUGAUGAGCACUGGAUUGCAAAUAAAAGAGAUCGCCCACCGUUCGUGGUGCUGAAUCAACUUCCGGAGCGCGCUCGACCGGUAAUGGAGGGGGAACUAAUGCACGUGACGUAUUCGCGCGGGACUUCACUGCUGGCUGAGUGAUUCGAGGCGACUUUCGUUAUUAGCCGAAUUAGAAUCAGUGGCUGAAGUGAGAUUAGGGAAUGUGUACCUGACCGAUGGGAACGAAGUUGGAGGCGUUUAGGAGUAGCGUCGCAAAGCGAGCUUGUCGAUAUUAUUCACCGUUAGCAAAGCUACAUCACAAGUGAAACAGCUAAUCGUAUUUUAGUCACAGCGAUGAAAAUAAUGGAUUUGGGGGGGCGCAACCAUAGCCAUCCGCGGACGUUGGUCACGCUUAUCUUCGGCACGGUGCUUGGAUUCGUGUUCGCUACGUUGAUCACCUCCAGCACGAAUCGAGCCCCUUGGCUACCGGAGUAUUACCACUCGAGGGAAGCUCCCGCCAUAGUUAGUGACCCCCACACGGGACAUGAACUGAAGAGCGCUGCAGGUCCCGAACAAGAAGUAGGUAAUCAUGCAUCACACGAGGAAGUUCACGCCCACGAGAACUCAACGUUGGCGAAUCAACUGUACCGGGAGGUGAAGGUGCUCUGCUGGAUCAUGACAAAUCCCAGUAAUCAUAAAUCGAAGGCUCUGCACGUGAAACGUACGUGGGGCUCGAGGUGUAAUAAGAUACUGUUUAUGAGUUCGACGGCUGAUCCGCUUUUAAACAGCAUCGCUCUGCCAGUGAAAGAAGGCCGCAAUAAUCUAUGGGCCAAAACGAAAGAAGCAUUUAAGUACAUCUACCAGCAUCAUCUCGAUGAUGCCGACUGGUUCAUUAAGGCUGACGACGACACGUACGUCGUGCUCGAAAAUCUUAGAUAUAUGCUGUACCCAUACUCAUCCAGUAUCCCAAUUUACUUUGGGUGCAAAUUCAAACCAUUUGUGAAGCAGGGCUACAUGUCCGGUGGAGCCGGCUACGUGCUCAGCAAGGCGGCUGUGAAGCGUUUUGUAGAAGAAGCCAUUCCCAAUAAAAACUGUCGGCAGGACCACGACGGCGCUGAGGAUGUGGAAAUGGGCAAGUGCAUGGAAUUGGUAAAAGUGCUGGCGGGUGACUCGCGAGACUCUCUAGGAAGGGGCCGAUUCUUCCCAUUCGUGCCCGAGCAUCAUUUGAUUCCAAAUCACGUAGAUAAAGAUUUCUGGUACUGGAAGUAUAUCUACUAUAAGACAGAUGAGGGACUGGAUUGCUGUUCGGACAAUGCCAUCUCCUUCCACUACGUAUCCCCAAACCAGAUGUACGUGCUGGACUAUUUGGUUUACCACCUGCGGCCCUACGGUAUCGUCGGUCAUUCGCAACCGUUGCCGAACAAGCUCUCCUUGGCAGAUGUCGUCCAUUCGGAUGAUCUCAGUAAAACUACCGAGCGACCCCAAGUGAACGAGCAACUCAGUCAGCGGGAAGAUAAGCUGAUCUCCAACAAUGUUUUGCUGGAUUAGUACUAGUGGAGGUGGCCUGAUAAGCUUUGUUCCACGAUAGCUAGGUGAAGCGUAUGUGAUUGAACUGUGUGUCUGAGUGUGUGCGAUUUUAUUUUAGCGUAGUUGUCCGUACAAAGUAACUGUUUGUAGGCAUUUAUGAAAUUAUAAACUUCAUUCGCCAUAUUAAAUUUAGCAGUAGAUCAGAAAUACCAAAGUUUUUAGUGUAAGUAUAAAAUAUCUUAUAACAUUGUAGACCACUCACUCCGCGUGGAAGUAUGUUCAACGAAUCUCGGAAUAAAGUGACGACAUAAUGCGUUUGAAACCAA